GCCCUAGCAGCCAUAACAAGCGAAAAGAGCAUACUCGCCUGAAGAUAACGUUUGGGAUAUUUAAAUGUGUGGGUUAAAUUUUUAUCCACUCUAAUAACUGGAUUUUUUCCCCUUCAGUCUACUUCCUACUUCUUUGCUGUCUGUUUCUGCCCUGAAGCUGCAGGCACAAGAAACUCUGCAGGCAAAAUCCCCCAGAGCCUACUGCGGGAUAGCCCUGUAAAGACUGCUCCAUUCCACAGUCCUUGGGCGGCUGCUCCUUCUCUGAAAUGGCAGGUGUGAGUGGCUGUUUAAAAUAUUCUAUGUUUUUCUUCAACUUCUUGUUCUGGGUAUGCGGAACGUUGAUCCUGGCACUAGCAAUAUGGGUGAGAGUAAGCAAAGAUGGCAAAGAGAUCAUCACUUCCGGAGACGCUGGCACGAACCCCUUCGUUGCUGUGAACAUCUUGAUUGCGGUGGGGGCCAUCAUUAUGGUUCUGGGCUUCCUGGGAUGCUGCGGUGCAGUGAAAGAAAGCCGUUGCAUGCUUCUCUUGUUUUUCAUCGGUUUGCUCCUGAUUCUGCUUUUGCAAGUGGCAGCAGGCAUCCUGGGGGCUACUUUCAAAUCUGAGUCUAGCCGCCUUCUGAAUGAAACUCUCAGUGAAAAUGCAAAAUUUUUGACUCAAACGACUGAUGAGGCAAAAGAAUUCCAGAAGGCCAUGAUUUCGUUUCAAGAAGAGUUUCAAUGCUGUGGCUUGGUCAAGGGAGCUGAAGAUUGGGGAAAUAAUUUUCAAGAGGCUAAAGACUCAUGUAAAUGUACAGAUGCAACAAGAACUCAGUGUACUACUUAUCAAGGAAAUUCAGUUAAUUCACAGACCUGUCUUACUUCGAUAAAAGAUCUGGUUGAAAAGAACAUUAUUAUAGUUAUUGGACUUGCUUUCGGACUGGCGGUUAUUGAGAUUCUUGGUUUGGUGUUUUCUAUGGUGCUGUACUGCCAGAUUGGGAGCAAAUGAAUCUGAGGAUUUACCAAGUUAUUAUAAACACCAUUUAAGUUUUUGCUUUGGCUUUGUAACUUUAAAUAAGUGAGUACUGUAAAUAUCAGUAAAAAAUGUCUUGUUCCAAUGUCUUGCCUAGGUAGACUGCAGAUAUCCUCACACGAGUUCAGCAUAUUUAAAUCUAAUGGGCUUAAGAAAACAUGAAUGUGUAUUUUUUUUCUCAAAAUAAAAACAGUGUUUACAUUGA